CAUCGCUCUUUCCACCUCUCACCUCUUGCCUUCAAACGUUGUCGCGCCUUCCUCUUGCGCCCACUUGUUCAACUCUGGUGGUCUCUCACCUCGUCCACACUAUCUAUCACCUCCAUCAGCCUCCCCAUCAUCACGACCAACACACCUCUUAGCCGAGCAUCUACCUCACCGUCGCUAUCGGCCAUUUAGCCGCGCUUGUCGCAUGCUUCGUGUCUGGUCAACUAGACAGACUUUUGUAUCCUUGCACUGCAUCUCACUUCUGAUCUACUAAACAAACAGUCACCAUGGGUCUCAACUACUAUGCCUCGUCGCCCACCGUCGUCCUGCAACCACAGCAACCGCAGGGCUACUUCUCACCUCACCAGCGCGCCCACUCGCCGUCAACCAAGGGUAAAUUUCGCCCAAAGCAUCCUACUCCACCGUCGCUCAAUUAUCUAGCUGCUGUAUCCAAUGCCACAGCUGGGCGCAAACGAUCCAUUGCCGACGUCGACGACCCCGAGGAGAACCAACCCAUUGGAUCUGUCGCUAUCCCUGCCCCUGUCAAGUCUCGGGGUGAGCCUGUCUAUGGCCCAGGCAUGACUCUCGUCUACCCUGACGACCCAGGUUACAGCAUCGCGGCCGAGUCGCAAUCCGGCACGUGGUAUGAAGAGAAGAUCGAAACCGAAGAGAAGGCUGCGGCUCGUCCAAUCGCAGUCUCGCGCAAGUCGCAACGCAUCAGUCCGUCUCGCGAUGUCAUAGUCCCAUCACUCAACGACAUGAACGCGCAGAUAAGCGAGGCAGUCAUCGAUGACAAUGGCAACACUAUCAACACACUCAUCACCUCGCUUGGAGUCGGCUGGAAGAAUGUCAUGACCAACCCCAACCUGCGCGACCAAGCCCGCGCGUAUGCUCGUUUCAUCGAGCGUCAUUUCGACUUCACUGACGUGAUUGUCAUGCUGGAGAAGGAAUCACUCAACGCUUAUCUCGUGCGCGCCAAGCAGAAUGGUGCUCAAGGCUACUGGUUGUUCUCCGAUACCCUCAAGUGGUGCCAGCUUGUGGGCUGGUCUCUAGAACACGCUGUUCCGAACCUUAUGUGUGGACCUGUACCUCACUGUGAGGGCGAGCGCAUCAAUGCCCGCGACUCUUCCCCGUCAGAACCCGCAACACCUCCCCAGCAAACCGUCAGCGCACCCAUUGCCGUCGCUGGUGACGCAAUGGAGAUGUGAUAGCAUCCGACUUGCACCUUCUCUUCCCUUUUCGGCUCUUUGAACCAUGUACGGACGCGUCUCGGUUUCACUUCUCAUGUUUCUAUCUGCGCUUCACGAUCUACUGGUUUCUUCUACUCAGCGACCCGGCGUUGGCAAUGGAUUGGAUGGGCUCACUGGGGUGGAUCAUCUCUAUGUACUGUAUAUUAUCAUGCUUGCUCACACUGCGACAGCUAGAUCGUGGUUCGAUCGCGUCGCAGACCCCGUCGCCACUAAAAGCUACAGGCACCAUCAAUGAACAUAUAAUCACCGUGACA